UUUGCAAUCUUUGGUCAGAAGACUUUAGCUAUCGAGAGCCUCAUUGAUUUUUAACCGUAACAACUUUUUGAUGACAACUGUGAGAUUUUCUGUUUCUGCUUAGUUGCUUGUAAUAGUACUUCGUACCCGCUGGGGCAGCUUUGUGUCUGCAAUUUCUGUAGUCAUUCUACACCAGUUAAUGUAGGGGAGUUCACUCUGUUGAAAACAGUGGAGUUAUUACUGUUGUCAUUGAGAGCAGAUUUUGGAGCAAAAACUGAGGACUGGAUUUGGAAGCUGUCCUGCUAAUUGUAUGCUGCUUUUGCCUGAAAUGUGUAAGGCUUAUUGAUUCAUUUUAAGUGCUCGUGAUUGCUCUGGGUUCAGACAGAAAAAUGAAAACCUACCCAGCCAUUGGUUUCUUCCUCCUCUUCGUGAUCAGCUAUGGGUCUUCUGAAAACUCAAGUACGUCUAGAGGGUGCGGACUGGAUCUCCUCCCUCAGUACGUUUACCUGUGCGACCUGGAUGCCAUUUGGGGAAUAGUUGUGGAGGCAGUUGCGGGGGCAGGUGUGCUGACCACGUUACUGCUGAUGCUGAUUUUGCUGGUGAGGCUGCCCUUCAUCAAGGACAAAGAGAAGAAGAGCCCCCUGGGAAUGCACUUCCUCUUUCUUUUUGGGACUCUCGGACUGUUUGGGCUGACGUUUGCUUUCAUCAUACAAGAAGAUGAAAUGGUGUGCUCUACCCGAAGAUUUCUGUGGGGAGUUAUCUUUGCUUUGUGCUUCUCGUGCUUGCUAGCUCAAGCCUGGAGACUUCGUAGACUAGUUCGACAUGGGAAGAGUCCAUCUGGCUGGCAUCUAGCUGGUGUGGCAAUCUGCCUGAUGCUCGUUCAGGUCAUUAUUGCAACCGAGUGGUUAAUACUGACAAUUGUCAGAGAUAACAAGUUGGCCUGCAGCUACGAACCAAUGGAUUUUGCUAUGGCUUUGAUUUAUGUUAUGUUCCUGAUGGUAGUUACCAUGGGAUUUUCUCUUUUCACUCUCUGUGGAAAGUUUAAGAAAUGGAAGAAAAAUGGAGUAUGCCUCAUUAUAACACUUUUUUUUUCCAUUCUGAUUUGGGUAGCCUGGAUGACUAUGUACCUCUUUGGUAAUGCUGAGCUAAAGAGAAGAGACAAAUGGAGUGAUCCCACUCUUGCUAUUGCACUGGUGUCCAGUGGUUGGGUGUUUGUUAUUUUUCAUGCCAUCCCAGAGGUCCACUGUACCAUCCUUCCAUCACAGCAGGAUAACACUCCCAAUUAUUUUGAUACUUCACAGCCAAGGAUGCGUGAAACUGCUUUUGAGGAAGAUAUACAGCUUCCUCGGAGCUACAUGGAAAACAAAGCCUUUUCAAUGGAUGAACAUAAUGCAGCACUAAGAACGGCAGGAUUUCGAAACGGCAGUUUGGGAAGCCGACCUAGUGCUCCUUUUAGAAGCAAUGUUUAUCAGCCAACUGAGAUGGCAGUUGUGCUAAAUGGUGGGACUAUACCAACUGCUCCGCCAAGUUACACUGGACGACACCUCUGGUGAAAGGCUGUAGGCUGUAGAGAAUAAGAACCCUUGUUGCAGAUGUUGUUCCCUGGCAGUGUGUCUUUGAGGGAGGAAUCCGUAACAGUACCAGAACAAAGCAACAAAACAUCCAGGAGCUUUUGAAAUCCUACAGAGGAUUUUGUCUAAAUGUGAACACCACUGAACUGAUAAGAUAACUGCAAAAGCAAAAUUGUAAAAUUGAAACUGAACCUAAUUUAAAAUAGAAGUAGGCACACCUUAAAUUGGAAGAGGGGGAUAUUGUAUUCUGAAAUGUAAGAUACUCUCUUGUCUGUAACUAGUGUGUGAGGCAAGCCUGUUUUUGUUGGUUGCCAGUUGCUUGCAAAAUACCCUCCUCUCACCUAAACUUAAUCAAUGUUGCCACAAGAGAUUGCCACUACAGUGUGAAAACAUGCAGGAUUUCUUUCCAUUUUGCUCCUUUUCCCUUCAUUUCAAAUGUCAUGAGAAGUACAUUGUUUGCUUCAUUAUCUAGCUGUACUGUACAGUCACAUAGCAUCAUGUGUAGUCAAGCAUUGUCACUCUGUGGCAACUAAAUUACCAUUACACUGUAGGCUGAUACUCUUCUCUUUAAAGAGCUGGUGUAGGAGAUGCAGUUCUGGAGGGAUGAAAGGUCUAUGCAUGUUUCAUGCGAGUUCUAGAGCUUCUUGAGGCAGAGAGAACAAGCGCAGGUCCAGCACAGGCAGCUCUCCUCGGCCGUGUGGGAUCGAUUCCCCAUUGUUCCAGCCUCAACCCCAGGUGCAAGCAAAGAGCCACGCGCUCUCAUGUCUACUACAGACAAAGCCACUACGUGAAACUUUGGAGGGAUAUACUUUUGCAAAGACUUAGCUGGGGAGAGAACAUGACUCGAGUUUGCCAGGAGGAGUUCGUUGUGAUGGUGGAUUAAAGGCAACCCACUGUAAUGCCAGAGCCAGCCUGUUCUGUUGGGCUGAUCUUGUCAAGCAGGAAAGCGGUGGCAGCUGAGAAGUACUGACCACCUUUCAGGAGAAACUCAGCAGCGGAUAGGGUCAAGACCUCCCUUUCUAAUCCCUGUUCAUAUGAGUAGUCCCCUUGACUGCAGUUGUUUGUGCAUUUAAAUGUGGUUGUGCAUUUUAGUGCCUAGCUAGUAGAAUCUCCGUGCUGGAGGUGGUUUGUUGUUGUUUUUGUUUUUUUAAGGUAGUUUCUUCCCUAGUCCUCCCUCUCCCCUCCACUUUUUUGAGUUGAUAUAAGGCAGACUUUCUCAAAGCUUUUUAUCUUUGUUUUCUCCAGGUUAUUUAAAAGGUUCCCAUUGCCCAUUGUUUGUGCCAUGGUUUUUCAUUACGUUUAAGCAAUCAUUCCUUUAUUUAACAUUUAACACAUAUUGGACAUUGAAAACAUCAUUGUAUCCUCACUGUUUGGCCAAUGUUAAUCUUAGCUUUCCUCGAUACUAAAAGCUAAUUGUUUUUACUUGAGGGCAUAGGAAACGUAUAACAAUUAAACUUUGCAUAUGCUGUAAUAAAAAUAUAUAUUUUCAAACUAAAAAAAAUAUAAUGUACAAAUAACUGAAUAGCUUAGUAGCUUCACAGAGAGAAGUUACUUGCUGUAUACUGCAAAAGAAAGACAAGCUUUUUAUUUUUCAAGAGUCUUCCUGAUUCUUCAUGUACCUCCAUUUCUACUGAAUUAGGAACCUAGUCCUGCAGACUUGUACUCCCACGAGUAGUCCCUUCGACACCAGUAGGUCUACAUACAGGUACAGAGGCUGCAAGACCAGUCCCUAAGUGUUGCACACAGAUAUAUAUGUAUAUAUAAAUGGAAAAAAUAUAUAUUGCCAUUCUUGCCAUGAUCAUCUUAUGGGGUUUUAUUUCAAAGCCCUUCUCUUCCAGAAGCAAUGUUUUUCUGUCAUGCAUGAGUAAAGGAGUAUGUUAGCUCCCCCCUGCCCUUCCCUCCUUGAGGCAAAGGAAGCAUGUGCUUGUUUUAGGGAUUGCUUAUUUUAUUUUGUAAGUAACUAGAUGGCCUUAGUAACCACGUAGGGUAGGGGUGGAUAUUGCAUGCUAUUCAGUAACUUGGAAAUACAUUUCGCUUGUUUUAAGCAAAGCUUUGAUCAAAUAAGUAUUUAAGAUAGCGAUAGUUACCCAGAAGAUGCAUCAUUUGGAACAGUAAAAAACCUAUUACCAUCAUUUACCUGCAGAAUUUUGCUUUUAAAAGCCAAUUAAAAAAAAAAACCUCAUAAAACUCUUAUUUUAAAAACAUAUAAGAUGACCAUGGCAUAAAUGGUAGGACAGCUUUCUUUUUAAAAGUUUAUCAUGCUACAACCAAGAUUUAUGAAUUAUAACACACAUUUUACAGACCUUGGACAAAAUCUGUACAAGAUAUAGUUAUCUUAAGAAACGGUUUUUUCUUUUUCUAGAUGUGACUGAAUUGAUAAAUAGAGUUCCCAAUCCUGCUCCUGACGAAGUUGUUUGGAAUUUGAGGCCUUUUGCAAAGAUAUGGCCAGAUCCUACAAACUGCUACUCACGUGACUAGUCUCAUUGGGUUAGUCAUGUGGACUAUUCACAAAAUGAAAAAUUAGCAGGAUUGGGUUUAAUUUGUGGUGGUGAAGGUGUGGUAAUAGAUUAGGAGGGUCUUUAUUUUCCAACUUUAUACAAUUAGUAAUAAGCAACUUUUUUUUUUUAAGUUACUAGUCUGUGAUGUAAAAUGCCCUAAAUAAAACUGUAAUUGAAGAAAGGCACCUUUAUGUUAACUUAUAUUUUUGUUACAGUAAACAAAUGGUUUACUUUUGCCUUUUAUGAAAGUUAUCUAGAAUGUAGAGCAUCUGUGAACAACAUAAUAAGUAAGCAAGCACAAGCCUUUCGCAGUUCAGUUAAUUAUAAUUAGCUUUUACACUAUAAAAGCUACUAUGUUGUCCCUUGAUGGUUAUGUGCUCAUGGUGUUUCCAUACAGAAAAAUGAAAUUGUAAAGCAUCUGAAAAAACUAUUACCAAAACAAGAUUUAUAAUAACUGGCUUUUGAUCAAUGGCUGGAAAAAAGUUCAAAGCCAUACUUUACAGAUCCUGCUUUCAGAUGAGUUGAGGGUGUUUGACACUUGCCAGAAAAUAUGUAGCAUCUUCAGAAGAACACUCUCAAUACAUAGAGUUGUUUCUAUAAACAAGGUACGUGAAAUACUAUAGAACUAGAUGUUUCUGUUUUUAGUCUAAACACAGGCAUCUUGGUUGGCUUUGUUUGAGCUUGAUGCCUUAGGUCAAACCAAAGGCCAUGCAAAAGGGAGCAUUGUAGCUUUUAUAAUAAAACAAUUGGACUAUUCUACCAACUUACAGGAUUACAAAGCAGGUGCUUUUUAUUAAUUGAUGAGAGCUAAAGCUCAUUUUUGAUAGAUAAUAUAUAUUUAUUAAAUGUAUUAAUGUGUGUUUUAUAACGUACCCUUUUUUCCGCUGAUUGUUGCAUACUGGUAUCUUAUUAAGUACAUCUUUAAAGGAUUUUCAAGACAAUCAAUGUGUACCACGAUGACUGUACAUAAGUAUACAAAACUACAGAGGUUGUAAAGCAUGGGCAAAUGUUUUAUUUUCAAAAUGCUGUUCUUAACGAGAAUAAAGGCUUUACUAUUUACUUACAA